CUUUUGACCACGAUUGUUCUAGUACGAAAAGGAAAAAGAAAGUGAAGAACGCAACUAAGUUCUGGAUAUGUGAGAAGGUGAAAGAUUGGCUCAUUGAAGAUGCAACUCUAGGAGCAAUGGAAUUGCGAAAAAAGCUGAAAGAACACUACAAGAUCAAAAUCCACUACAAGAGAGUCUAUAUGGGUAAGCUGCUAGCCUUGAAGCAACUAUACGGUGAUUGGGAUAGUAGUUUUAACAACUUGUAUAGGUUUAAAGCACAAGUUGAAAGUUGCUGCCCUAAUAGCAUAGUGCAGAUCGACCAUCAUACCAUAAAUGGUAAAAUAAGGUUUAGAAGAAUUUUUGUUGCUCUCAAACCUUGCAUAGAUGGAUUUCUUAGUGGCUACAGGCCAUAUUUGGCUGUGGACAGCACCUUUAUGACAGGCGGAUUCAAGGGGCAAUUGGCUAGUGCUACUGCAGUGGAUGGCCAUAAUUGGAUGUAUCCAGUUUGUUUUGGAAUUUUUGACUCUGAAACAAAUGAAAAUUGGAUCUGGUUCAUGCAAUUGCUAAGACAGGCCAUAGGAUCACCAACAGGUUUAGCCAUAUGCACUGAUGCUGGCCAAGCAAUGAUGACAGGGGUAAAAGAAGUGUUCCCGGAGGCAGAACAUAGAGAAUGUAUGUUCCACUUGGUGAGCAACUUCAAGAAGAAGUUUACUGGAAAAGUCUUUGAUGACCACCUAUGGGCAGCUGCUUACUCAUGGAACCCAUAUAUAUUUGACAAGAAUUGGGCUGCAAUGGAGGCAGUAAAGCCAGCCGCAACAGCAUAUAUUAGGAAGUGGCACAAUAGGUUGUGGUCUAGGAGUCAGUUCUCGACCAUAUGCAAGGUGGACUAUGUAACCAACAACUUGGCGGAGUGCUUUAACAAUUGGAUCAAGCACCACAAGUCAUUGAACUUGGACGAUUUCUUGGACAAGGCGAGGCAGCUGAUUAUGAUCUUCUGGAAUGAUAGGAGAAAAGUAGCAAAGAAGUUAGAUGGGUUGAUUCUACCCCACAUAAUGAAGAAGUUAAACGCAUUGACUAGAGAAUUCAACUUGGAGGUGGUAGAAUGCUCAGAAGAAGUGGCUGAAGUGGUUGCAUUAGGAGGCAGCGGUUUUAGGUUUGUCGUUAACUUGCAAGAUCGAACAUGUUCAUGUCGACAAUGGCAAGUUUGUGGUCUUCCUUGCAAACAUGCUCUUGCAUUCAUCACAUCACUUAGCGAUGCUCACAUAAAGAAUUACGUUGAUUUGUAUUAUUCCACUGAAAAAUUCAGAGCAGCCUAUUCCAACCUGAUCCCUGCUAUGCCUGACAAGAGCCAAUGGCCUGAAUCUGACCAUGGAUUUUUCAUGCAUCCACCACUACUUAAAGCUACAGCUGGCAGGCCUAAAACUGAGAGAUAUAAAGGUUGUAGUGACAAGAAAAGAAAAAAGGGCAAGCACUUAUGUCCAAUUUGUAAGGAAUAUGGGCAUCAUUGGCACAACUGUAAGAAGGGUAACCCUGAUGACAUUGCUGCAAUGUUGGCUAUUAGAGAACCACCAAAGAAGAGGGCAAAGACUAGCAAAACAGCCCAGUCCAUUGUGCCUUGCGAGGAUGGAGUACCAACAAGGAUGCUUUUUCCACCACCAAGCCAAAGCUUGGAAACUACAACUAAGAAAAAGAGAAAACGUGACAACACUGAAUCUGGAGGUUCAAAGAGAUCAAAAACUGGCUCCAUUGAGAAGGCCAAGACGAAAAAGAAGGUUGCUAAGAAGAUUCCGGUGCCACUUGACAGCCCAGCAAUGGGCACAAGGAGCAGAAAGUUUAAUCCUCCUAGCCCUGCUAUGAGCACAAGAAGUAAAAGAAGGCUCAGCUUGUAAUUUCAUAUGCUUCUAUGCUCUUCCAUUGAUGUAAUGGUUCUUUUGGAGUUCUUGUGAUAUGAUGGUUCUUUUGGAAGUCCUUUAGCCUGACAUAUGUGAACUAUUGGUGACUUAUGUGUGAAUCUGGUUGCUUAUGGCACUUGUUGAGAAUUGUUCAAUUGAUUAUGUAUAUGUAAACUGUGUGUAGGGGAUAUGACAUCAAAAUGCAGGGGAGGUUUUGCCGAUUUUUUGAAUUUUUUUGAAUUAGCGUUUCAUUUAUUAUGAAUCUACAUGCACGGUUCCAUAUUACAUAGUACAACAAUAUUUCUUGUAUUUUUGUCACACAUUGCACCAGGGUCAAAAGUGACUUUGUAUGUGAAAAGUUGACACCGUUAGCUCUAAAAAUACACUAGAGUGUCGUGUGAGGCAUAAAUUUUACACAAGUGUCCGUAGAAGGAAGCAAAAAGUUGGGAGUGUCACAUAAGGCAUCAUAUUUUAGGAGUAGUGUCAUAGAAGGAAUUCUCUCAGUUUACCGUUACCAUGGUAACACAAGCUUUUUAGCCAUGGCAACAGCUGCAUUAUUGCGCGUGUCUGCCAAGCCUCGGCCACCUGUGGACAAGAUCCAUUCAUCCCCGCCUUCUUUGGAGCCCUAGAGGGGGCACUGAUAAAAAGGGAUUGGCUCCUAGCCUAGGCAAAUCUAAUCGCUUCACGGGCAAGCGAUCGAUCCAUAGAGAUAGAGGAUUGUACUCUGGCACGCAUAGGCUAUGUCUUUCUUGGUCUUUUAUAAUUUAUGGUUCGUUGGAAAUCUGGUUUCCAUUUGAGCUACAGCUACAGUAUAUCCGCGUGAACCCUGGAGAGCGCUUGGGUCUAGGAUCUGUGAUUUCACUCUGUACAGGUACACAGUAUACUGCCUGACUCAUGCAUCGACUUGCAUGGAAGAUGGAAUCCUGUUCAGUGCAAUUUUGAGAGACCGCAAUAAUUUUCAAAGAUUGCAACUUGAAAGGUCCAUUUGAGACAGCUUUGUUUGUAGGGGUACUCAUACGUACGGUAGAUUGCCGCAUACAUUGCUUGCUGCAGUAGUACGUGGCAGCAGGAUAGGUGGUCCAGUUAACAUGGAUGCAUAGCACACGCUGUGAUUGAACGGACCACAAAAUGUUCCUGUGCGUAGUGCA